GCCCAGUCCCGUCGCGCCUGGACCUUUCAAGUUUCCCGAUUCACGCACAGUGGGAGGUCGAAGCAGAGGGGAGGGUCGCGACAGGAGGAGAGCCCGCCCUUCGAUAAGCUUCCCAGCAAUGGCGGUGCUGCUGCGCCCGGCGGCGAUCACCGGCGGCCGGCAGGUGUGGCCGGUGGCGGAGGAGGACGAGGGAGCGCGCGAGGCGGAGGCGGCGUCGCAGCGGCUCGUGGAGGCGGUGGCGCGGGGCGAUGCGAGGGAGGCCGGCGAGCUGCUCGCCGCGGGGCGCGCGGACGUGAACUACGCCGGGGUGGUGUGGCUCAAGGCGCGGCGGGUCGCGGAGUCCGAGCCACGGGAGGGCGCCGCCGCCGAGCUCCGUGCCGUGAACGAGGAGAUCCGCGCCGACGUCCCGCCGCUCUUCCUCGCCGCCGGCAACGGGGACGUCGCGCUCGUCCGCGCCCUGCUCGCGAAAGGUGCGGACGUGAACGGGAAGGUGUGCCGCGGCUACCCGGCGACGGCCGCGGCCCGGGAGGGGCGCGCGGAGGUGGCGGAGCUGCUGGUGCGCGCGGGGGCGUCGCAGCCGGCCUGCGAGGAGGCCGUGGUCGAGGCGGCGCUGCAGGGCCAGGCCGCCCUGGCGGCCAUCUUCAUGCGCUCCGACCUCGUCCGCCCACGCGUCGCCGUCCACGCCCUCGUUUCCGCCGCCGCGCGCGGCUUCGUCGACGUGGUGGACACGCUUAUCAAGUGUGGAGCUGAUCCGAACGCGACCGCCAGGGUGCUCCUGCGCUCGCUGAAGCCGUCCCUGCACGCCAAUGUCGACUGCACGGCGCUCUUCGCCGCAGUCGUGAGCCGGCAGGUCGCUGUGGUCCGUCAUCUACUUCAGGCUGGUGUGAAGAGGGACACCAAAGUGAGGAUAGGUGCUUGGUCGUGGGACACGACCACCGGCGAGGAGCUGCGCGUCGGCGCGGGCCUCGCCGAGCCCUACGACGCAGUCUGGUGCGCCGUAGAGUACUUCGAGUCCACUGGCUCCAUCCUGCGUCUGCUCCUCCAGAGCGGGUACACGUCGAGCGCCACGCACCUUGGCCGGACGCUCCUCCACCACGCCAUCCUCUGCGGGAGCGCCGGCGCCGUCCAGACUUUGCUGGCGUCUGGUGCGGACUCCGAAGCUCCAGUGAAGACGUCGCGGAGCGCCAAGUCGAGGUCGGUUCACAUGGCCGCGCGCCUCGGCCACCCGGAGAUACUACAGUUGUUGAUUGACAGGGGCUGCGACGUGAACGCCAUGGCGGAGGCGGGUGAUACUGCUGCCAUCCUCUGUUCGCGCCACAAGCGCGAGGAUUGCCUGGGAGUCCUCUUGUCCGCCGGGGCAGACGUCGCGCUGCUGAACUCGGCCGGCGAGUCCGCUGCAUCAGUUGCUUCUUCCGGGGGAUGGAAGACCGGCUUCGAACGGGCUGUUCUUGGCGUGAUUCGGUCCGGGACCAUCCUACGUUCGAGCGACCGGAACGUGUUCUCGUCGCUGAUGUUCGCGGCGCGGUGUGGCGACGCGGCCGCGAUGGAAGUUCUGCUCGCUCAGCCAGACAUGGACGUCGACGAGCAGGACAUGGAUGGGUGUUCGCCCAUAAUGGCCGCCGCCAAGGUGGGCAACGUCGAGGCCUUCCGCGCCCUCGUCUUUGCCGGCGCCAACGUGAAGCUGAGCAACAAGCGUGGCGAGACAGGCAUUGGGCUCGCGCAGCAGAGCAAGAAGAGGGAUCUCUUCGAGCAGGUCAUGCUCGAGUUCGCGCUGGAGAAGGGCAUGCCCGGGGGCUUCUACGCGCUGCACUGCGCUUCGCGGCGCGGCGACAGCGCGGCCGUGCGCCACCUGGCGAGCUCGGGCUGCGACGUCAACCUGCCCGACGGCGACGGCUACACCCCGCUCAUGCUCGCCGCCAGGGAAGGCCACGCGGGUGUGUGUGAGCUCCUGAUCUCCUACGGUGCCCGGUGCGACAUCCAGACGCCGCGCGGCGAGACGGCGCUCUCCCUGGCGAGGGCGGCGCUGGAGACAGCGCCGUUCAACAAGGCGGAGGACGUGAUCAUGGACGAGCUGGGCUGUCAGGCCGUCCUCCAGGGCGCGCACGUGAAGAAGCACACCAAGGGCGGGCGGGGGAGGCCCCACGGCAAGUCGCUGUGCAUGGUCGCCGCGGGGGGCGUGCUCCGUUGGGGCGGUUCGAACCGGCGCAACGUGGUCUGCCGGGAGGCCGAGGUCGGCGGCAGCUCGGCGUUCCAGCGGCACCGGCAGAGGAAGGGCGACGCGUACGAGCCCGGGCUGUUCCGCGUGGUGACGGCGACGGGGAGGGAGGUGCACUUCGUGUGCCCGGGCGGCGAGGAGGCGGCGGAGCUGUGGGUGAGGGGCAUCAGGGCGGUGACCAGGGCGGCGUUCGGCAAGAGACGCAAAGAGUGACGCGUGGUUUUGCUCUCUGUUAGGCUCUGUACUUUGCAGCAAGCGUGUACGUGUAAAGAAUAGCGGGCGGGCGUAGAAUUUGGUGGCGCGUGUGGUUGGUUCAGCCGUGCUGGUCUUCAGCUCGAAGGCUUGGCUGCUGGGUUUGGCUUGCCAUGAUGGUUUUUGGUUCAGUUGCAUGGGGUUUGUAUAGCCUAGGUGUUUUGUUGGCUAAGGUUCUUUAGCUAACUGGCUUGUAGUGAGUUUCCUUAAGAAUUAUCAGUCUCUCUUCUAAGUUCGAAAGCUCGCCAUUUGAUCUA